AUGUCCUUGUGGCUCUUGCGCGAAACUGUGAGUGUGCCGGCGGCCACGGCCAUACGCCCGGCAGCACCGCACGGAGAUCGGACCUCGGAGGGGACGGCCGUCGGCAGGGGGUUCGGAUGUGAGGCUGAGGCUGUGGGGUCUGUAUGGGCUGUUGUGGUCGUGGGCAUAGACUAAGGCCCACUGAGGCUCUAGAAAAGGCUAAAGGCCCAGUGGCUGCAACCAAAGCCUCCACCGCCGGCUCGCCACCGAGCCGCCUUUCCCCUGCCGGCGACCGCCGCGGAGACGGAGGCCAGCUCUCUGCCGACAGGUCCUCUCCUUUGCCCCCUUCCCCGUUGGACAUCCCACUUUGCUUGGUAAACCCUAAUCCACCUCUGAUUUCCCCUCUUGUUUUCUAAGCACAACUGAUUCCAUUUAUUCUUCAGAAAGGAACCAUGUGAAAACUAAAUAUUAGUCAUGGACUUGAUAUCCUUGAACCUCAGACGCUCGGUUAUUUGUGGCGUUUGGGGGAACUGGGCCGCGCCACAUUUGGAAGAUUUUUUUUCUUGGAAAACAUGAAUUAAGAGGCACUUGUUUGGAUUAUUUUUAGGACCAGUCGGUAGGAUACAAGGAUUGCUGUGAGCUGCUAGCAAUUCUUUUUUACUUUAGCACUGUGCAAGAUUUAAGUUCUCGCUCUCCCUCUUGGACAGGAAAAAUGGCUGGGCAUCUCUUUGAGGAUAUCUUCAUUAUGACCAGGAUCGAUCCUGAUGGGAAUAAGUUAGACAGAGUUAAUCGCAGCGAGGCUAGAUGCGAGUAGUUCGAUAUGUAGAUGGAAUUAGAUGUCGCUACCGAUGUCAACCUGAUCCAUUAUGUGUUACGAUUAAUUGUUGUUAUUUUCAGAUGGACGUGCCUUCAUGGAGGGCACCUCACAUUGUAUUCAUUUCUUUCCUUCUUUCAGGCUGGUAGGAAAACCCUUGCUGACAAGUAUGACUAUGUCAUGCAUGGAAAGCUUUACAAGAUUUCAGAGGACAGUUCCAGUGGUCAAGCUACUAAAGUGGAGAUUUAUGCGUCUUUUGGUGGCCUCCUGGUGUUCCUCAAAGGCGAUCCUUGGAGUGCCGCCAACCUCGAGCUGGAUCAAAGGCCGUUCCUCCUCAUACGAAAGGUGCAAAUGACCAGUGCUUCUUCUCCUUUUGUCGGGGCAAAAAUUUACCUCUUGCGUGGCAAGUCACCAACGCUUCUAGUUCAUCAAGGCUAUACCGAGCCUCCCUUCAAUGCCAAUUAUCCUCCCCUGGAAUGUACUCUACUCUUCUGGUGGUAAAUAUAACUCUAGUCUCUAGAUUUGCCCAACCGCUCCUCUGUGGCACCGGCCACUUAUUCUUUGUUCCUCUGGAGCACAUUACACG